CGCAUAAUUUACAUUUAACAACAAAGUUUAUUAAGCAUUCUUUUUGUUAAAACUUUACUAAGUUAAACUAAUGUAAUUCUAUUGUAUAAGUGGCAGCACAAUAUUUUGUUUACAUUUAGCACAAAACCGGCAACACUGUGCGCAUCAGCUGUUUUAAUAUUUUACACAAUGCGGUUGUAUGAAUAAAAAAACUGCAGUCUUCGACACUGAAGUGAAUAAUAUUAAACUGUAGUUUACAAGUGUAAUUUGUGCUCCAACAGAAGUUCCAUAAAGGCAUAAUGGAUAUCGAUAAUACUCUACUGCUGCCGAAUAGCGAACACAAAUCUGAUAUAAAGACACCAUUUCUGAUUGGUGUAGCUGGUGGAACUGCCAGCGGAAAAUCGACAGUAUGCAAAAAAAUUAUGAUACAACUAGGCCAAGCCGACAUGGAUCAAGCGCAACGACAAGUUGUCACAAUAAGUCAAGACAGCUUCUAUCGUGAGCUAACGCCCGCAGAGAAAGUGAAAGCGAGGAAGGGCCUCUUCAAUUUCGAUCAUCCAGAUGCAUUCAAUGAAAAUUUGAUGUAUGAUACGUUGCAAGAAAUAUUAAAAGGCAGAAUAGUAAAGCUGCCCUGCUAUGAUUACCGCUCAAAUUCGCUUGAUCAUGAGAAUAAGCUAACAAUUUAUCCGGCUGAUGUGGUAUUAUUUGAGGGCAUACUUGUAUUUUAUUUCCCUAAAAUACGCGACCUUUUUCACAUGAAGCUCUUCGUUGAUACAGAUUCUGAUACGCGUUUGGCGCGCAGAGUGCCGCGUGAUAUCAACGAACGUGGGCGUGAUUUAGACGCAGUGCUGACUCAGUAUAUGACAUUCGUCAAGCCUGCCUUUGAAGAGUUUUGCUCACCGACUAAAAAAUUCGCAGAUGUAAUAAUACCGCGCGGUGCUGAUAAUACUGUGGCCAUUGAUCUGAUUGUCCAGCAUAUACGCGACUUCCUCAACAAUCGUUCGCGUUACGGCUCAUCGACCAGCAUCUCAACGAAUUGCACGAACGUGGAUCAUGAGCAUGGCAAUUUUAACGGUAUUGGAUUUAGAGGUACUGCUACUGCUGCCAGUGGCGGCGGAGGCAGGCCGGCUACUAUUGAUUGCAAUGUGCGCCUAAUACCGCCCCCACGUACUAACAACAGCAAGCAUACGAAAGUCAAUAACGCUGUGUUCUAUAUAAGACCACAUUAAUGUAUAAUUUUAACAAAAACAAUAACAAUAUUAAAGAAAGUACGCUGCUGUUUACUAAAGAAGACAAUGUGAUAACAAUUUUGCUUGAACUCUGCUCAUUAACGAAAUUAAUAAUUUCAAUUUGUUGCUUUCAAAGCUAAUAAUAUAUCUGUUGUAAACUAUUAUGCGCAUGUGUUUGUAUAAAUAUACAUAUAUUAAUUAUGUAUAAAAUUACUUUAUAAAUACUAUAUACUAAAUAUAUUUAUAAGCACCAAAAUAUAUAAUAUUUAAAUGUUUUUAAGUACGCACGCUUUUGUUCAAUUCAUUACAAAAACAAAACAAAAAAUAAACUUCAAUGUGCAUAUUAUAUUAUACACAAUUGUACUUCCGAGUGGAAAAAAUAUUUUUGAAUUUUCUUCAUAUGCGAAAGUUAUGCCAUGCAUUUAUGCACUAAUAAUAUUUUUAAACAUUUUCCGUAACCAAACAUACUAGUUAAAUAUUCAUGAACGGUUUUGAAAAAACCAUAUAAAUUUGCUGUAAUAUUUAAAAUUAAAUCAAAAAUUUAAAAAAAAAUUUUUUUUUAAAUUAGUUCUUGCCUUAAUCGAAUUCUCUACUUUCAAGUUUGAAAUUCCUAAAGUUCUAAGUUGUUUUUAACUUAAUUUUGAAAUCUUUAAAAACUUUACACUUUUAAUCCAAAAAGCUCUUUAGAAAGUAGAAAUAUGAAUACGUUUUAUUAACUAAAGUUGUAAGGAGUAUUUUUUCCAACUUUUUUUAAAUUUUUUCUUUGUAAAUUUUUAUCAAAUAUGUAUACAUUUAUGUAUUUUAUUUAUAAAUACUAUAUAUUUACUUUUUUAUUAACCAAAGUUUUAUGCAUUACUUUUUUAAAAACAUUCUCUUUUAAUUUUGUUCUUUGUAAAAUUUUAUCUAUUAUACAUACAUACAUAUAUGUAUAUUAAUUUGAAAAAUAUAUAUUUUUUCUUUUUAUAGUAUUAACUAAAGUUGUAAGCUUUUUCUUAGCAAAAAAAUAUAUUUUUUUCAUAUUUGCUUUGAAAAAUUUUAUCUCAUAUACAUAUUAUAUAAUUGAUUUAAUAGAUAUAUUAUUAUUUAUUUCUUUAUGAAUUCAAGUUAUAAGCAUUAUGUUUCCAAAAAUUAUUAUAUAUUUUUUGCAUAUUUAAGUAUACUUUUUUAUAAAUACUCAUUAAGACUUUUUUCUGAUGCUGAAAUUAUUGUGUUAAAGUGAUCCACAAAAUCUGAUCUAUAAAAAGCUCAAUUUUUUUGGGAUUCCAUAAUAGAAAAAUUGUUUGAAAAGUACUGUCUUUUAUUCUAAAAUGUUUUGUUUACGUUCUAACCUUAAAAUUCGGUUGUUUUGAAAUUUAUCAUUCUCGGCUCUUUAAAGCUGAUUUUCAAAAACUUAUAAUAAAAUAUAAAAAAAAUAUUUUGAAAUUGGUAUAUUAUUUGGAAAAUAAAUUUUCGAAAUAAUAUUUUUUAACUUAAAAUUGAUUUUACGUAUAUACUUUUAUAUAUGUCUAUAGCUAUUCAACGAUCUUUGUAAUAUAAUAUAAUGAUCACUUAUCUGAAUCUAUCAGAUGUAUUGCAAAGAAAAUACCAAUUUAGAAAUUAUAAUAAACAAGUAAGGAAGUCCUAAGUUCGGGUGUAACCGAACAUUUUAUACUCUUGCAGCUUCAUUAUAUUUAGUAUUAUAUAAUAUCAUUUCACAUAUUUUCGACAUUAACAUUAUAAUUAUAUAAAUAUAAUAUUAUACGUUCAGUUAAUUUUGCUAAGAUAUCUUACAUAUUGAUCAAUAUAUACCGUAUAAUGCCAACCGGAAGUUUGAAAAUCUUAUUAUAGGUAUAUGAGAGAUUGGGGUAGUAUUGACCCGAUUUUAUCUAUUUUUGGCAUUACUACAUAUUAUUAACAGAAACAACUGCUCUCCGAGUUUCAUUAAGGUACCUCAUACCAUCAACAAUAUAUAAAAAGUCAACAGGAUAUUUGAAAAUCCUGAUAUUAGUUAUAUAGGAGCCAGGGUAAGUGGUUUUAUCCAUUUUAGGCACAAAGAUACACUGUAGUUUGAGAAAAACGCUCUCUCAGUUUCAUUGACUCAUAUAUUUUCGGUUUAAGGCCAACUGGAAGUUCGAAAAUCUUUCUAUUAGGUAUAUGGGACUCAAUUGGACCCAUUUCUGAUAUACAGACAUACUAUUAUCAGAAAAAAAUUCUAUCCGAAUUUCAAUAAUACGGAUAUCUCAGAUUGACAGACAUUUUUACGGGGUUAUCAUUCCAUUUCACCUAUUUUCACACUGUCGUACGAAGUGCAAAUUCGGACGAUUUGGCUUGAAUGGUUUAGAUGAUAUAUAAAUUAAACCUAUUGGGAAGUGGGGCCACGCACCUUUAUUUUUUAUAUUUUCAAACCACAAACGCAUUUUGUGGGGGUGACAAUGGCGCAAUUACUAAGUUUCAUCGAGAUAUUUCAAUUUUUACUCAAGUUACAGCUUGCACAGAUAGAUGGACGGACUGACCGUCGCCGAAUUUCAACUCGUCUCUUCAACCUGAUCAUUUAUAUAUACAUAUGCAUAUGUAACACUAUAUUUUGCUGGAUUAGUUUUAGGUGAUACAAACAACCGUUAGGUAAACAAAACUAUUUUACUCUGUAGCAACAUGUUGCAAGAGUAUUAAAAUUGUGCAGUAGACAGAUGAAUAAAUAUUUUUGGCAGGACAACAUAAGUUAAGAUUAAUUUUUCACUAAAAAUUUUAUUGUAUAAAUUUUUUAAAAUGUCAAUCUCAGUUUUUUGCACUUAUGCUUUUUUAUGUUUUAACAAGCAUUUUUUAUUUUUGAGUGCAAUCCAUGAUUUUUUUUUACUAAUUUACUUUCAUUUUAUAGCAAAUAGCCAUUAACUACGUAUUCAUAUAACUGUAAAUUUUUGACAAAACAACAUAUUUGAUUUAAGUAAUUUAAAAUAAAUUUGGGCUUUCAUAGUCAAUGGCGCUUAAAACAAAGAUUUGUGUGGUUAUUUGGUUGAAAAUAGUAUUAGACUAGCGCCAUUUGCAGCUUGCGAAGCAAAAAAGGCUAAGUCAAAGUAGGUUGUUUUGUCAAAAUAUCACAUUUUCCAAUUUUUUUCAAAUAAUUUAUUAUUCUUAUAAGUGUAUUAUAAUUUUUGUUACAAAUUAACUCUCUUAUUUCUCUUAUUGUGAAAAAAGAUCCCGAUUCAUUCAUGGCCAUACGCCGUUAUUCGUCACUCUGCAACGAACUUAACAUAAAGGAUAAUGUCUACUUUGGCAAACAUCAGAAUAUAACGCACCAUUAGAAGAGUUCGAUAAGAAAACAAAAACAAAAACAAAGCAUAUCUGACUAAGGCAAAGUUAAAAGAGGCGAUGUUUA